AUGCGUGGCCGAAGCCGCCCAAGGGAAACGAGCGUCCCCGCGGCAGCCGGAAGUGAAAGCCGGGAGAGCGCGCCCCUCUCUCUCUCUCUCUCCCCUCCCUUCCCGCCUUCCCCUCCGCCCACUCUAUGGUUCCUCCCCGUCGCGGCGGCUGACAAGAUGGCGGCGUCGGGCCUAGGCUUCGGCCCAGGGUCGUCAGGGCUCCUCGGGAGCCGGGUCCUGGCCUACACCCUCCACCGCUGGAGCAGCUUCUCCUCCACCUACCUGCCAGAGAAUAUUUUAGUAGACAAGCCCAAUGAUCAAUCUUCAAGGUGGUCGUCAGAAAGCAACUACCCUCCACAGUAUUUGAUCUUGAAACUUGAAAGACCGGCCAUAGUUCAGAGCAUCACAUUUGGAAAAUACGAGAAGACUCACGUCUGUAAUUUAAAAAAAUUUAAAGUCUUUGGUGGAAUGAAUGAAGAAAACAUGACCGAUCUUUUAUCAAGCGGCUUAAAGAAUGACUAUAACAAAGAAACAUUUACUCUGAAGCAUAAAAUCGAUGAGCAGAUGUUCCCUUGUCGAUUUAUUAAGAUAGUUCCGCUCCUGUCCUGGGGUCCCAGCUUCAAUUUUAGCAUCUGGUAUGUUGAACUCAACGGUAUUGAUGAUCCAGAUGUGGUACAGCCUUGUCUCAAUUGGUACAGCAAGUACCGUGAACAGGAAGCCAUUCGCCUCUGUUUGAAGCACUUUCGCCAACACAACUACACGGAGGCGUUCGAGUCCCUGCAGAAGAAAACCAAGAUCGCCCUGGAACACCCCAUGCUGACGGACCUUCACGAGAAACUGGUCUUGAAGGGAGACUUCAACGCGUGCGAAGAGUUAAUAGAAAAAGCUGUCAACGAUGGCUUGUUCAACCAGUACAUCAGUCAGCAGGAGUACAAGCCACGAUGGGGUCAGAUAAUUCCCAAAAGCACCAAAGGUGAUGGCGAGGACAGCAGGCCUGGAAUGAGAGGAGGGCAUCAAAUGGUCAUUGAUGUUCAAACAGAAACAGUUUAUCUGUUCGGCGGCUGGGAUGGGACGCAAGACCUGGCUGACUUCUGGGCGUAUAGCGUGAAGGAAAAUCAGUGGACGUGUAUAUCCAGAGACACUGAAAAAGAGAACGGUCCGACUGCCCGGUCCUGUCACAAAAUGUGCAUCGACAUCCAACGGAGGCAGAUCUACACCUUGGGGCGUUACUUGGAUUCCUCUGUGAGGAACAGCAAAUCUCUGAAAAGCGACUUCUACCGCUACGACAUUGACACCAACACCUGGAUGUUGCUGAGCGAAGAUACGGCCGCCGAUGGAGGCCCCAAGCUUGUGUUCGACCACCAGAUGUGCAUGGAUUCAGAGAAACACAUGAUCUACACCUUCGGGGGCAGGAUUUUGACCUGCAACGGCAGUGUGGACGACAGCCGAGCCAGCGAGCCACAAUUCAGCGGCCUCUUCGCUUUUGACUGUCAGUGCCGGCUAUGGAAACUCUUGCGAGAAGAUUCGUGUAAUGCUGGCCCCGAAGACGUCCAAUCCAGAAUAGGACACUGCAUGUUAUUCCAUUCAAAAAACCGUUGUCUGUACAUGUUUGGCGGGCAAAGGUCGAAAACCUACUUGAACGAUUUCUUCAGUUACGACGUGGACAGCGACCACGUGGAUAUCAUUUCGGACGGCACCAAAAAGGACUCAGGGAUGGUUCCAAUGACCGGCUUCACCCAAAGGGCUACCAUUGAUCCGGAACUGAACGAGAUCCACGUGCUCUCCGGACUGAGUAAAGACAAGGAAAAACGGGAAGAGAACGUUCGGAAUUCCUUCUGGAUUUACGACAUCGUCCGAAACAGCUGGUCUUGUGUCUACAAGAACGAUCAAGCCGCCAAAGAGAAUUCAAACAAGAGCCUUCAGGAAGAAGAGCCCUGCCCGCGUUUUGCACACCAGCUUGUGUACGAUGAAUUGCACAAGGUCCAUUACUUGUUUGGAGGCAAUCCAGGCAAACCCUGUUCUCCAAAGAUGAGGCUGGAUGACUUCUGGUCCUUGAAACUCUGCCGGCCGUCCAAGGAAUACUUACUUCGCCAUUGCAAGUACUUGAUAAGGAAGCACAGGUACAGACCUUUCCAGCUCCUGGCUUCGGCACUUUUCAAGUCGGGCUCCGAUCUGAGCACGUUGGGCUUUUCGGACGUCGACCACGUCUACGCCCAACGCACUCAGCUCUUCGACACCCUGGUGAAUUUUUUUCCCGACAACAUGACCCCUCCCAAGGGCAACCUGGUGGAGCUCAUCACCCUGUGACGAGUCGAGUUGCUAGACCUGUGG